AUGGCUGCCGCGCCACCCGAAUACAUAUGUACAUUAAGCAAGGAACUUCAGGAGAAAGCGAGGAGAGAAUUAAACGAAACUGCCGAAACACGCAAAGAUGGUCUGAAGAAGCUAUUUGAGAUGAUCCAAGCACGUCCUCAUAUGAAUUGCCCAACGGACGCAGUAUUCCUUCUUGGAUUUUUGCGAGCUCGAAAAUUUGACAUUGACCGAUCAUUCAAACUGUUAGAGAAUUGGUGUCGUGUGAGGGUGGAAAUGAAGGAGGUGUUCAGCGACUAUAGGCCAUCUACUGCAAAAGAACUAAUACAAGACGGGGUAUUCUUCUCUCUCUCAACUCGAGAUUCAGAAGGACGCCUUAUAAGUAUAUCUCGUCCAGGUAAGUGGAAUCCCAAGAACUCUACGGUAUGGGAGUUGAUGAAAGUUAGCGUCAUGGCAGGUGAUAUCAAUAUGAUGGACGAAGAAACCCAAAUAAAUGGAGUCGUACUGAUUCUUGACAUGGGCGGGAUUGGUAUGAGACAUAUUACGCAAUUUGGACCUCGUUUAGCUAUGAAAGUAGCACCGUUAAUGAGUUCCGACACGUUUCCACAAAGAGUUGGUAGCAUCAAUGUACUCAAUGAAUCCGGAUUUUUUGAUGGUAUGUAUGCCAUCUUAAAACCGUUUCUUAAAGAAAAGAUUAGAAAAAGGUUUUUUAUCCAUGGCGAUGAUCUGAGUAAACUGCACAGCAAAGUAUCAUCAUCGCUCCUGCCAGGUGAAUAUGGCGGCUCUGUUGAAAAGUCACUUGAUGACUUUGCCAAUAGGUGGGCAGAUUUAUUACAUAGCAAAGAGGACAUGUUUGCUGCUAUGAUGGACUAUGGACUGAAGAAGACGAAAAAUAAAUACGUUAACAGCGAAGAAAGCGUGGCUCGUGUAAACGGAAUAUAG